CGCGGAAGAGCGAGGGCCGUGGCUUUGUUGUGCUCCGGGGAGGCGGUCAGCCCGGGCGCCCGCCGGCUCAGGUUUUGCUGGAUGCUCAAAAACAUUGUUAGAAGACAAUGUCCCUUGACUUUGAUAGUGGAGCUCUACAAACUCAACAUGAAGAUGAAGACUAUGACCAAGAAGAUUAUGCAAGAGAGCAAGAGUUGCAACAACUAUUGACAGACCUUCCCCAUGAUAUGCUGGAGGACAGUGGAGACCAGCUCUCCAGCUAUUCGGACAGUAGCAUCCAUGAGGCUGAGGAGCAAUCACAUGAGCCUGGGAAGCUUGAUGGAAGGUGGAGCAGCCAUCCAUUGAUAAGUGAUCCUCAAAAUGGAUAUAAACAAGGACAAAAUCUGUACCCUGAACAAUUCUUGCAUGACCAGCAAAAUGAUCAUGUUGAAAAACAUGGAAAGAAUUGGAAUGGCCUUCAUAAUGAUGGAGAGAAGAAACACUUAUAUGACAUUGAAGAAGAUUACCACAUCACAAAUGGUCAAGAGGAUCCUGAUGAUGUGUAUCUUGGUAGAGAUAAGUUUAAUGCUCCGAAUUGCUACCAACAGAACGUGUAUCACCUUCCUGAAAACUUCAGGCCAUAUACAAAUGGCCAUAAACCAGAAUUUAGCAAUCAGCGAAGUAAAAUAAUAAAUUUUCCAGAUGCUCCAAAAGAACAUCUUAAGCAAUUUGUUGCACCUGAUGUUGUUGGUGGCAAGUCACCAGAAUCUUACAAAGUGACUUAUAAACCAUACCAAAAUGGCAUUCAUCAAAAAAUUCCAGUAACCCAAGAAGGAGCCAGAGGAAAUGAAGUCUUUGAAGACUUGCAACAAGAAUUCUUAGGCAAUGAUGAAAAUUUGGCAGAUUCAGAAAACAUGCAAAUUCUUCAACUUCAAGUUCUAAAUAAAGCAAGAGAGAGACAACUGGAAGAGCUUACUGAAAAGCUAGAAAAGAGUGCACAGCAAAUUAGGUAUUUGAAUCAUCAGCUUUCAGUAAUCAAAGAUGAAAAGGAUGGUUUGGCUGUUAGUCUUCGUGAGUCUCAAAAACUGUAUCAGAAUGGAAAGGAACGGGAAGUGCAGCUUGAAGGUCAAAUAAAGUCACUUGAAACUCAAAUUCAGACUCUUACUACCAAUGAGGAGCAGAUGUUGAAGCAAUCCAAAGUGGCAGAGGUAGCCAUGGAAAGCAUGCAGAAGCAGCUGUUAGAACUUCAACGAUCAGAUGCCCUUCAGCGAGCCAGAGAGCAACAUGAAUCCAUUAUUUCAGCACUCAAGCAAAAGCAUGAAAAGCAAGUAUUAUUAUUAGAGCAGAAACUUGAUGCUACAAAAUCUGCACUCCAAGAGGAGAAAGAGCUUUGCAAAAAUCUAGGAGAACAUGUUAAGCAACUUGAAAAAAUGCUGGAAGAAACCAAAUGUGAAAAAACUGAAAUAAUAAAUCGGCUGACAAGAAGCCUAGAAGAAAGCCAAAAACAAUGUGCAAAUUUACUGCAAACAGGCUCGAUGCAGGAGACAAACCAGUUGCGUUUUCAGUUGCAACAAGCUCAGUCUGCACACAUGAUAACCAACAACAUGAACAAGGCUUUACAGGAAGAAUUAAUGGAACUGAAGGAAGAAAUAGCUUUGUAUGAAUCUGCUGCCAAGCUUGGAGUAUUUUUGAAUGAUACAGGUGGAGAGCUGCAUACGAAUCUGGAUGAUUCCUAUGUAGAUUUAGGAAUUAAGAAAAUGACUGCAAAGAAACCAAGGUUCUGCAGUGCAGUACAGAAAAGAGACUUGGAUAAAGAACUCUCCAAAGAUGAAAUUACUGUAGAAUUAAAAGCUGAGCUGGAACGUUUAUUGAGCAGUAAUAAAAUGAAGAGAAACCAGAUUGCUCAAUUACAAAAUGAUCUUAAAGAUUGCCAGAAGACACUGGAGGAAUACAAGCAGUUGUUGAAAGAGGAAAAAGCAUCAAAAGAGUCAGAGCCUGUCACAAAUCUGAAUGAUACUUUGGUGGCCAGUCCUUCAGUUUCUGAUAAUCUUAAAGAAGAAGUUCUGCAACUCAGAAAGGCUAAUGAAACUUUGUUGCGAGAAGUUGAGAACCAUACUUUGACCAUCGAACAACUGAAGGAAAAUGAGGAAAAACUGACAAGUUUAAAUCAAGAUCUCUGUUGUCAGAUGAGAAAGAUGGUUCAGGAUUUUGAUCAGGAUAAACAAGAAGCUAUUGACAGGUGUGAAAGGACUUACCAGCAACAUCAUGAGGAUACAAAAGCCCAUUUUCAGAAAGACCUGAUGGAAAAGUAUGCUGCAGAAAAACAGCAGCUUGUUCAAAUGUACGAAGAAACAAUCUCAAGGUUAAAGGUUGACACAGAGGAGCUGAACAAGGAGAUGACUGCCGUGAAGGAAUGUUACAUUGGAGUCUGUAGGGAGAAAGACACCUUAGAAGCUACUUUAAGGCAGAAAUUUGAGCAAGAGCAGCAACUGAAGGAAGAGAAGCUCAAGAAACAGCUACUAAAAGAAAAAGAAGAUGCUCUUAGCCUUCUGAGGACUGAGCUUGAAGAGAAACACUGUGGUUCUCUGAUAACAGCAAAGAAGCAGUGGCUGGAAGAAAAAGAACAGCAGGUUGAAGAGGAACUUGCAUUAGCCAAAGUUCACUGGGAGAUGGAAGAAAAAGAGAAUAAAGAAAAAGUCUUUGCAAAUAUAGAAAGAGAAUGGCAAAGUAGGCUGGAAGAAGUGAGAAGAACUGUAGUUGAAUGUAGAGACUGCAGCAGCCAAACUGACCAAGUAACAGUUAUGGAUGGAGCUUCAACUGAAGAGUUAAAAGGGAUUGAAGACCAGAAGUUGCAGAUCCAGAAGGCUCUGAAAGAAAAUGCGGCCUCUGAGGCUUUAAAAGAAUUUGAAAUAGAACUGGAAAAUAAAUACCAUAAAAAUCUUGCCAGUCAGGUAGAUGCAGCUUUAACCCAAGCUCGUGCCAGGUGGCUGCAAGAAUUAACAGAUCUCAAAGAGUACAAAAUAAAUCUAAAGCUAGAACAAGAAAAAUGGGAAAAAGAACACCAAGUGUCUGCAGCAAAGCAGUUAGCCCUGGUCCUCUCAGCUGCUGAAGAGAAAUGGAAGAAAGAACAUGAGAAUACAGAGAAAUCUGGCCCAAGAAUGAAAGAACUUGAAGAAAAGGUGAUUUCUCUCAAGAAGGAGUUGGAGCUAAAGGAAGAAGAAAUCCCUGCAGCUGUCAAAGCAGAACUAGCAAAAGCCCGUGUUCAGUGGAACAAAGAAAAGCAGGAAGAAAUCUUGCAGAUACAAGAGCAAAACGAGAGAGACUACCGCUCAUUCCUAGAUGAUCAUAGAAACAGAAUUAAAGAAGUACUUGCAACAGCAAAGGAGGAUCUUGCAAAGCAGAAGAAUGAGAUCUGCAUACAGAAAGAGGCAGAAUUUAAGAUGUUACUAGACCAAAAGCAGCAAGAAUGGGAGGCUCAGGAAAAAAAGAGACUGCAGGAUGAAAUUAAUCAUUAUGAGGAGAAGACUCUGGUUGAACUUGAAUAUCUGUUGAGUGAAAUCCAUGAAGAACUAAUCAAGUGCACAGAUAGUAAGCAUUCAUGUAAGGAGAAGUGUUUUGAUGCUCAUGUUCAAUUAAGCCAUCCAUGCAAAGACAAACUGAAGACUUGCUUACAGAAGGCCUACAGAAUCACAGUUAACACAAUUCUGGAAAAGGAGGAGCAACAAUGGAAAAAGAAAUAUGAAGAGCUGCUGAGUAAUGUAAACAAAGAAGCACACUGUUGCCUGCAACAUGGUGAAGGAGAAACUGAGGCCAUGGCAGGACCUUCUGUGUGCAGUGUUGGACACCAAGCAGAAGCACAGAGGAGGCUAAGACGACAGCAACCCUUGCAGGAAACUGGAACAGGCAAAGGUCAGAAACGUACAAAAAGGAACGUUGGGUCUCGGAAAGUUUUUUGCUAUGAACACUGCUGCCAGGAGCUUGAGAAAAGAGAGACUGUGUGCCAGGACUUGAAAGACAAGCUGGAGAUAGCCCACAAACAUCUUCAGCUUGUUGUGAAGGAACAUAAAGCUAAGUCAGAGGAAACCCAAGAAAACAAGAAGGUCCUAGAAGCUCUAAUUGCAGAAAACUCUGAGAUGAAGACUAAACUGAAAGACAUGGGAACACUACCAAGGUCACUGUCAAAGGGAGACAUCUCAAAACCUUGUACAUCCUGUGACUCUGUGAAAGGGCUAGAAGAAAUGCGUGCCCAGUACGUUAAAGCUGUGAGCAAGAUUAAGUGUGAUAUGCUUUGUUAUAUCCGUGAAAGUAAGGAGCGAGCUGCUGAAAUGAUUAAAGUGGAGGUUUUAAGAGAGCGCCAAGAGACAGCACGGAAAAUGCGCAAAUACUAUUUGACGUGCCUUCAACAGCUUCUUACUGAUAAUGGGAGACAUGAAGGGGCUGAAAAGAAAAUAAUGAAUGUUGCCCAUAAACUUGCUACAAUGGCUAAAGGACUUGAAACACCUCUACGACACAUUCCCCAAAGCAAAUCUACCCGCUCAGCUCUGCUAUCAAAUUCUGAUCUAUCACCUGGGUCUGAGUACUCAAAAAGAGAUCAAAUGCCUCAGACUAGAUCAAACCAUAUGGAAAGCAAAUCCUGUGGUGAAAGCAUUACUGAAAAAGCCAAGGAUAAAUUUGUCCAGAGAUGUGUACCACAUGACUUGAGACAGCAGUUUGAUGAAACUCUACAUACGUGUCAUGAAACAGUGACUUCGAAUAUCCAGAAUGGAAACAAUUCUAAAAAUCUAGAUGGUGCUUCAAGAGGUACUCUGCCACAGUUUUAUCCAAAGGAAGACAGAAGAAAAGAAAAACAUGGUCCCAUUGUAAAUGUAGACAAAGGACUGUUGUGUGCUGCUAGUGAGGUUGUACAUCACAGUGCUCCUCCAUCUGCUUUUCAAGUAGCAUCAGAAAAUAUGCAUGCACCCAGCUUUACAAAUGGCUGUGCCAUCUCUGGGCCAACUCAUCAUAUGCUUAAGAGCAAGAAAAAAAUAAUGGUCUUGAAAGAGGAUAAAUGUGUCCUUUCAUGUGGUGAACAGAAAACUAGAUCUAAAAGAACUCGGGAAUUUGGCUGUCAAGAAACUCCAGAAAGGGAUGAAGGAAGCUGCAGUGAACGGAAUUCUGUGAAUGGAAGCCUGGAUCUGGAUCACAGUGCUAUGCCUCUCUUGUAUCUUGAACAAAAAGCCAACACUCAUGUUCAGUCACAGACUGAAUACUGUGAAGAGGUCUCUCAUGUCAGGGCAUCUUCCCCUGCAGAUGAAAAUGUUACUUCUUGGAGAGACUUUACUGAUGGCAGUGGCAAGGUUCGUGGUACAAAAAGCAGCACUAAAGUGCUAAACAAUAGAGGCUACCUGAUAACAAACCUAGAGCAUAUUUCAUUACUCAACUGUGACAAAUCAAAAUCUGCUGUCACACAACUUGGUGUAUUGCCAGAUUCAAAUGUAGGAAGAUGCUGCAACAAAUGCUUAGAAGAAAAUGAUAUAGGAUCCCCAGUCUCUUCAGCAAGAUAGUGGUUUUGAUAGCCCACUUUGUACCUUGAACCUUUACCAGUGAUUCCUCAUUUGAAGGAAAAAAGAUAGCUUGAUAUUUAAAUAAAAGUGUAAGUUUUGAGUAAAACCUGUUCUGUGCCAAUUUCAUGAUCAAAGUUAUACAAUUUGUGUUACAUGAAGAAAUUAUAGCAAGUUACUUGAAAUAUUAAUGUAGACCUUUGCUUACUUUUGUAAUAACACUUUCAUAAUUGUUUAUAAUGUAUUAUAUACAAAUAUAUUUAAUAGAAUCUAUUUUUAUAUUAA